AGACAUCGAAUCACUAUUCUUUCGCAUCCAGAAUUGUACAUUUCAACCCAAUUACUUUGGUUGGAUUGAACUAUUUUUUACAAUGCAAUUUUUCGGUGGUUCAGAGAUCAGUCCAUCACCUCCAGCACCGACAGCAGCGGGAAACAAUGGCAAUAUGAUUUAUGUGUUCAAUAGAAAUGGAGUUUGUUUGCUUUACAGGGAGUGGAAUCGGCCUCUCCGGACCCUGAAUGCCCAACAGGACCACAAGCUUAUGUUUGGUCUGCUUUUUUCUCUCAAAUCCUUGACUGCCAAAAUGGAUCCCACUAGCGUUGAUAAAGGAAAUCUUGGGGUGCCACAGUUACCUGGACAAGGGUGUUCAUUUCACAGUUUUCGUACAAAUACUUACAAACUUAGUUUCAUGGAGAGUCCAUCUGGCAUAAAGAUCAUUCUGGUUACUCAUCCUAGGACUGGUGAUCUUAGAGAAGCUCUGAAGUUCAUUUACAACUUGUAUGUUGAAUAUGUUAUGAAGAAUCCGCUGUAUACUCCAGGAACUCCCAUCAGGUUCAAGUUACAAAUUGCUUGAAAGUGCGGAAGUUUUGGAUGUUAAUAUGCCCCUUCUUGGUUGUGUAGAUGUGAGCUAUUCAAUACAACUCUUGAUCAGUACGUGAGAGGACUUGGAUAGCAUGCCAAGCUUGUGGUUUAUCUGCAACUCUUCUUCUAUUUACUUUAUGCCUUCCACGGAGUCUACGUAAAGGAGGAGGUUGCAGUGGUUCUCUUCCUGGAGCCCACAUUUUUUGGUCAAUUAUGGGAUGAAUCAUACCUCCAUGGAUAGCAAGAUACACUUCUUUAGAGAAACUUUUGUGGCAAUAUUUCUCUAUAUUGUCCCUUUGUGACCCUAUAGCAGUUGCAGCAUGCAUACAAGGGAUGUCUGAUACCUACCACUCUUUGCAUGCAUAUUUUGAUGUUGCCAAAUUCACAGGAUACCGUGUACCCUCAUGAGUAAUGUCAAACUCUAAAUUCCCAGCAAACAACACAUUACAAUUCAUGCUAGCUUUCAUCAAUUUAUUUACCUUUUGCCUAAAUUCUCUAGUGAUUAUGCCUUCCC